UUCCAUAGCAACCGCAUAACAAGGACCAAACGCUGAAAUAAACCUGCAGUGAAGAAGUUUUCUGGUAAAAAAUGGAGCCUGAUGAACCUGGAACUUCGGCGGUUGCCACCGAAAUAAUGCCACUUGCCUUCGCCAAAGGAAAGGAAAAGUAUUGUGAACUUUGUCAAAGGGAAGCGUACUUACAGUGCGCCAAGUGUCAGGUCACUUUCUACUGCAAUGCAGAUCACCAGCAGGCUGACUGGGUGGGAGUCCAUGAAAGAAUCUGUCAGAUGCUUGUUUCCAUACGUACCAUGAAAGAUAUCUACGAUCCGGCCGUCCGCAAGAGAAACCAGUUAAGAAAGACUCAUCUGAUCAAGAUUUGCAAGUUGGUGGCUCAGAGCAAACUUUCGGAGGGUAAACACGAAGAGGCACUUCCUGCUGCCCACUGCUGCCUGCAAACCUCCAUUGACCUAUAUGGUCCCAAUACCAUCCAGCUCGUCCCGGCCUAUAUACUGUUGGCGGAGGCCAACAUGGGCCUGGGCAACUUAGCUGUUGUGGCAGAGCUCCUGUCCCAGGCUGAGUGGGCUGUACUGAAGAAUCCAGAAUUGGGCGCUUCAAUCCAACAGCAGCUGCAUAGGAGCCUGGGCCAUUUCCACACAUCAGUUGGAAACCUGGAAACCGCCCUGCAUCACUUUUCAAAUGAUAUUUACUUUGCCUGUGAGGAGUAUGGCUUAGACAGCUCUGCCACCACAAAGGGAUACUUUCUAAUUGCUAAUGUGUUUAACAGACAGGGGAAGGCUACCAUUGUUCACUCCCUGUACUCUGAGGUGGCAGAAAGGUGGCACAAACAUCUAAACAGUCUACUAGAGACCCACCAGAAACAUGCCGACUCAUCUGUUUCCUUUUAUGAAAAGGCCCAGCGAGUCGAAAUGGAGGAAAUGCUGAGAGUCAUGUUGGAGUUCGAACAAAAACAGUCCAGAAGAGACGCCGCUCUCAUUGCACUUAUUGCCUACAACCUCGCCAUGUUGUGGUUCAUCAACGGAGACUUUCACAAGACUCAGGAUUUUGGCAGCACAGCCCUGCAGGCCAGCCUGCAGAUACCAAAACAUAAACUGACAGAACCCAUCCAGGAGCUGCUGCAGCAGGUGGAGAGUCUGCAGACCGAACCACAACCUGGUUCUGAUUAGUCAACACUCCUGUCCUGCCUCUUCUGUUCUUCUCUUAAGGUCUGCUCCGUCUGUGUUUAGCCUCACCGUCCAUUCACGUGUGGAUACAGAGAACAGACGAGCAGCUAGCAAAUAAAAUUAUUCAUGAUGCAGUUAUCAUUGGUUAUUUUAUGUGGUUUGUAAAUAUAUUGUACAUACAGUUCUGUGAAGAAAUAUGCCUUUUUUUCUUCUUUUUUUUUUCUUGGCGAUGCUUAAAUGUUUAAGGUCAUUACAUAAAUGUUAGUAUUAGGGGAAAAAAAACCAACCGGAAUAAAUAAAAAAAAAAAUCAGUUUUUAAAUGCUUAAUUUCGUAUUAAGAAAACAAAAAUGAUCCAAAGUAACAUUUCCCUAUGUGAAACCGUUCUUACAUCACAAAUAAACUGUGUUCAACCCUUUUCUGGAUCAGUUUCAGCCGCCUCACCAAGGUCUGAUUUCUGUCCGACAUGAACUACCGAGAGGUCGCUUUACUACAAACUGAAAGUGUUGAUACGAGAUCUCAUUUAAGCUACACGUUAUGCUGGAAUCCAAGAAAAAUUCAAGAAUGAACGAGGAACAAAGUGACAAAGUGAUACCAAUUUGGAAAAGGUUAUGCUAUUACAGAGGAAGUAAAGAUACUGUUCUGGAUUUUAUGAACAUGGAUAGUAAUUAUAGCGGACGGCUUAACUUCUAUAACCAGGCAUCACAAAGUCAAAAAGGCAUUUGAGAACAAUCUAUUAAAAGUAUUCAUUAGUGCUCACAAGACAGAAUCCAAUCGUAGGUGACCUCGAGACUCCAUCAAAGACUUCCUGUGAUUGAAAGUAAUGAAAACCACUUACAUAAAACAAAAGAAAUGGGACAGGGAAUCCAACACCCGCCUUUCAGGAGAGACCUGGAAGAAACAAUGGAUUUUAGUGGAGAGUAUUAUAGUGGAAAUGUUUCAUUAGGUAUUAUGUUGCACUGAUUCAGCAAAGCCACCAAAUGGGAUUUUUCCAGACGCUGGAAGGUUGUGUUGUUCACAGGAAGCCAAUCAGUAACAUUUAUUUUGGGCUUGUCCAAACAUAAUUACUAUCUGGCAGUAGAUUUUUACAACAAUAGCAACUGUAUUUGGAACAGAAAGAAAAGCAAUUAAAAACAAAUGGCUUUAAAUAAGAAAUUAUAAAUAAAAGUGAAUGGUAUUAUAUUGUCUAUGAUUUAUUUGUGAUGGGAAAUAUCACUUCCUCAAUGGUACUUCAGCAAUCAAAAUGCGAAAACAUCUUGAAGAAAUGGAUAACGUAUUUCCCUGAGACGCCCUUCUUUUGUUAAGACUUGUUUUACUUUUCCUCUCUCUUUAGGAAAUUUCAAAAUAGAAAUAACUGUUCGGAAUGAAGAGAUUGAAAACAAGCAAGGAAUGGCAAACAUUUUAAGAUUUUGGUUAUUUGAAAUUUGUGGUUAGAUUUCCUGUUUCUAGAAUGCCUUUAAGUGUACUCAAAUACAAAGAGUUGAGCCUUUUUUUUAUCAAAGGAAAGCCAGCAAAUCACAGUUGCAGGGGGACAAAAACAAACCUUUUGAUAUAUUUUGGGAAAUUAAUCUGGACUGAAGUGAAACUCUUUGGACUGUGUGCCUUUCCCUACAUCCUUACAAAAUAAGAUUAUAAUUACAGCCAAACAGGAUGGUGGGGAUUUCAUAGUUUGCUUGUCAUGAAUCAUCACAACCUGAUGGAGCCACAAAUUCAGCUCCUCUCUAUAGUAAGUUUGCGGCCUUCAGCUCAAGCGCACCCAGGUUACGCAGAAGAAUCUUAAACUUUCUCAACAGUGAUGUAAAACACUUUCAGUUCUGGAAAUACUUGAUGGCAGUUGUUGCAAAACUAAGUUAUUAAGCUUAUUGGGCUUUUUUUUCUUUUACCAAACACUAAGGUGAUAGGGGUUACUUUUUUCUGUCGUAAAUGACCUUUUAAAAUUGUGUUCAUAUUUAGCUUACCUUUAUCUGAUCAUUUUUUUUGAUGAUCUGAAAUAUCUAAAUAGGACAAAAACAGGAAAACCAGACAGAAAUGACAAUCAUACCAUUUCAUUUAGAUGAAAUGACAUCUAAAAGCAUGUAAUAAAAAGCAAAAGAGCACAUUUUCGUUGGUUUGAAUAAUGACUCUUUAUUUUUAAUCAAAAAAAAAAAGAAAAAAAAAAAGAGCGGGAUCUGUAUUUACAUGAUUUUGGACAUUUGUGAACAACAAUCUUGUGCCAGAAACAAAAAGAAAAAAGGUCAAUGACAUUUGCUAAGACAGUUUCUAUGCAACCGCAGUCAUAUUUUCCAUCUUAGCAAUCUUGAACUCCCUAGUAAAUAGUUUAUGUAUCAUGAGCGGAGAGCUGCAGUGAGUCACGUAAGCUCCAAUGUAGUUUAGAUCUUGCAAACAAAAGUAUGCUGAAAAUCUUUCAGCAACUAAAACGUUUAGAUACGAUUCUUUGUCAAAACAUUCUUUGCUAUGUUCUCUAUUAGUGUUAACUGUACUGACCUACAAAAACAAAAAAAACAAAAAAAAAAAAAAGAAGAUUUCCGUUUUUGGCAUUUACAUUUUUGUUCAGACAAAAACUUGAAUAAUUCUAAUUUCCCUUUUCAGUUUCAUGAGCAAAUAGUUAUUGUGGAUAGAAUUGGUAAUGUAAUAGUAACCUUUUUAAACAGCAGUUCACAGCUUCCCACACAGUUAAACAAGCUCAUCCACAGACUUUUACUCCUGACAUUUUUCUCAUUUACUGAAUUUCUUCAUCAUGGCAGCUGACUUAUAAAGACCAGGCAUGGCUGAAAACAGCUUAUGAUUCUGCUCUCACCCUAAAAAUCAGAGUUAGACAAUUUGACCGCACUAUCGGAGCUAGCAGGGUCAUGCUGACGAGAUGUGUUCUGUCAUGAUAUAAAUUAAUCAUCGCACAACAGGAUCUGCGUGAGACGAACAAGUGUUUCUUUCCUGUCGAUGGCUAUUUAUGCCUGGGAUCUUCACUGAUGUACAAGAUGUACAAAUACAAGCUUUAAUGCAGAGUCAAAGACAAGACGGGGAAUGUUACAGUCCACCCAGCAAAGUGUUCGGGAUGUUGCCGGCCACGCUCACCGUCCUCGCGCGUUACCAAUGUAGACAUGAACAGAUUUCACAGCUUUUGAUCGUUUUGAUCAUGUAGAUACCAAACAACAUCACAGUAGUGUUGUAAACGGUGUGGAGCCACUGCGAUCACCCGACACGAGAGAUUAAAAUAAAAGCUGCCCUUUCUCCACCCCUCACCCCUCCGGUUACCAUGCCGAACCCUCCAGCAGGACGAUGUUUGACCCCAGACAGGAAAGUUUGGCCCACGACAAAGGAAAAUGGGGGGAAAAAAAAAACAAGCUUCACAGAGGUUUCACUUUAUUGAGACAAUAUUAGUGCACACAAACCACUUUUUUUUUCUUCUUCAAAAAUCCCAUAAAUUAGGAAGAAAACAUGGAACAAUUAUGAAACAAGCAAGGAAAAAAGUGCAUGUUAACCAUGGUAUACACCACAUGUCAUACUGUAGUUUACAACCUUUUUUUCAUUGUUGUUUUGUUUUUUUUUUCUCGUUGUUUUGGUCUACGUGUAAGUAUGUGUUAUGUUUAUGACAUGUUUUAAGCUUGGAUGGAUACUCCAUACCUUUGUUGGAAGGGUCAGGACUGAGAUCCAGGCUGCUUCCCUGAGUUGUGUUCAACAGAAAGGGUUGCAAGCCUAAAAAGACGACUAUGUGGACGAUUCGGGAUUUUUACUUGUGCUUUUGAUCAAAGUUGGCCUGAUAAUAUUCCCAAGUAAUGGACAAUACUGUCUCCUGCCUUAUUCCUCUCCUAUAAGGUACAUAGAAGGUAAAUCCAGAGGAAUAAAAGCUGCAAAUGGUAAAGUUUUGGUUGCUGAAAUCUCUGGAUUUUUCUUUACUCUACAAGGGGGGGGGGGGGAUAACAUUUUGUUAAAGACAAUUUUAAAAAUAUAUUUCCUUUUUUUUUUUUUCCUUUUUCUUUACAAGGUGGGUUGAUUUUCUUCAACAACUAACAGAGGAUUUAUGAGAACAAUAAAAAUCUAGAGUUAACAUGACUGUGAACUAACUGGAUCCACGACUGUUUUAACCAAAUUGUAGCUUUGGAGCCUUUUAAAGUCACAGGUCUGUACAAUCUAGUUUGUCCACAGUAGCUUAUAAAAUAAAAUAAAAAAAAUAAACAGCAACGUUGGCCUUUUUUUUUUUUCGCUCUGUCCGGCUGUUCCAGUUUCAUCAGCUGCAUACUAAUAAGUCAUGACGUUAAAUUUCGCUAUCUCUAAUAUUUACAAAAAAAAAAAAAAAAAAAA